UUCAGGAAGUCAGGACAUGUCCAGUUUAAAUGCUGGAUGUAUAUCAUGGGUUUGAAACAGGUUUGAGCGGGUUUUUUUGUCAGGCAGGACAGAGCGUUUUACAAUUCUGCUAUCUGACAUGCGUUUCCACAUUAUUAUCGCCGCUUACUUUUGGUGUGGCUUCGUAGACUCGCGUAAAAUAAGAGGAAUAUCUUCGUCCUACAAGCGGUUCUACAGGGAGAGGAAGUCCUUUAUGUGCAUUGAUGGGUCGAAAAUCAUCCCCUUUGAGCAGGUGAACGAUGACUACUGCGACUGUGAAGAUGGCUCUGAUGAACCAGGCACCUCAGCCUGUCCUCGUGGCCGAUUCUACUGCACCAAUCUGGGUUUCCGCCCACACUACAUCCCAUCAUCACGAGUCAAUGACGGCAUCUGUGAUUGCUGCGAUGCUUCAGAUGAAUACAACAGCCACGCUCACUGCCAGAACACUUGCUGGAAUCUGGGACAGAGAGAGAGAGCAUACGUGGAGGGCCAGAUGAGGACCUUGGAUGAGGGUUUGCAACUCAAGCAGCAACUGAUUGAGGAGGGAGUGCUCCUCUGGAGGGAGAAACAGGCCCAGCUCAGAGAGCUUCAGCAGGUAGCUGAGGACCUACAGAUCAAAUUAGAGGAUCACAGAAGGAAGAAACACGAGGCUGACCGACUCAAAGAGCAAACACUUAAGGCGCUGCAAGCCGGGGACAGCGGUGUCAGACGUCAGAACAGCACAGUAACCAGCAUUUUCAAGUUACUGGACAGCAAUAAAGAUGGCAGUAUAACGGUGGACGAAGUCCAGGCUAAAGUUUCACUCGUCCAUGAUGAGGAGCGGGUUCUCUCUGAGGAUGAAGCAGUGGCUUUGUUGGGAGGAGGCCAUCAGAUGGAUCUCACCAAGUUUCAGCACACACUGUGGGACAUCCUGAUAAAAGGAGACAGUGUCAAGAUCAAAGACACACAAGGUGCACCAGGCAGUAUUGUGGGUGAAGAUCCUCACUUGAAGGCAGUUGACAGAGCUGCAGAGUGGGAGGCUACCAAUCUGAAGAAGGCAGAAGAAGCCUAUGAGACAGUCAACAUGGAAAUAAGCGACCUCCGGAAGAAGCUGGCUAUAGACUAUGGAACAGAUUGGGAGUUUCUGUUUUUGAACAGCCAGUGUUACAAGCUGAAAGUAUAUGAGUAUACUUAUACCCUGUGCCCAUUCAAUCAAGUCACUCAAAAGAGCACUGCAGGAACAGAGGUCUCAUUAGGGAGGUGGGGGAUGUGGGCAGGAACACCAAAAAACCAAUACAGUCAGAUGGUAUAUGAGAAUGGAGAACCCUGCUGGCAAGGAGGUUCACGCAGUACUACAGUCACACUGACAUGCGGAACGGAGACAGCCUUGCGAUCGGUGAAGGAGCCCAGCAAAUGCCAGUACAUCAUGGACUUUCAGACUCCUGUGGCCUGUCAGCCGGUGCUAAAGCAGCGGGGCAUACACAGUGAACUGUGACCUCUUCCCUCACUGGCCUAGCCUAGAUUAACUUAGCCCCCUCCCACCGCACCCCCUUGGCUAGCCUGCGGUGACAGGCUGGGGUCCUGAGGGUCCCCUCUGACAUCUGUGUUGUCAGAACAUAUAUACUUCCAAGUAAGUCUUGCUGAGGUCAGAAUCAGAUUUUCAGUAACACUGCUCCUAGACAACUUUAGUUUUCAUUGAUUGUUACAGUACUGCUUUACAUUGAAUAUUUGAAUACAGCAUGUAUUGAAUCAUUUCAUGUACACAAGUAUUCACACUGCAGUAUAUUCCUUAUUCGUGUUUACACUUAAGGCCCAGCAAGAUUACUAUGUAAAUAAUUGAAUAAAUAAAGUGAAACCAGAUCACUUGCUAAUGACAUUGCCACUAAUGUAACUGCUGUAUCAAAUCAGUGCCCAUGCAUGGGCACAAAUAAAAGGAAUGUGUCCUUCUACUUCAUUCCAGUGGCUAACUUACUCAGGCUUACUUAACUCUUAAAAGAGAAGUCUGGCAAUAUUCAAUAUUUGUCUUAUUGUCUAUUAAUUCCUUGAAAAGACCAAAACCAAAAAUGAUUUGAUCCUCCAAACAAGUAUUGCCUGUUUAGCCAAAGCCUGAUAUAGCUUAGCAUAGGCUCCAUUGAAAACUAUUUAAAACACAUCAGUGAGUCGCACUGUUGCACAUGUUUCUUCAUUACCACGGACAUGAGAAGUGUCAAUCCCCUAUAGAUCAGGGGUGCUGAUUGUGUAUUAAUCCGCAGCUGAAAAUAGUCUAAAACAAAUAGUAACUAGAGGUAAAUAGGGCUAUUUAAUUGUUUGAGUAAUGUUAAAAACAAAACACAGUUCUCAGCUGUUUUAGGGAAUUAUUUAGCUUCUUUUUAGAGAAUGUAACUAUAUAUUUGUGACCCGUGACAAGAACAAAUAGACUAGGGUAAGGAAGUCAGAAAGUAUUGAGACUGUUGGCUUCAGUACUGUUUUCAUUAUAUGUAUUCCAGUGUAUUUACACUUAAGCCUCAACAACAUUACUAUGUAGAUAGUCAAAUCAAUAAAGUGGCACUGCAAGUAAUGUAAAUGCUGUAUCAAAUGACUGCUCAAGCACAAAUAAAAGGACUGUCCUACUUUAUUAUAA